GGCCGCGUGCGCGCGUGCGCAGAAGGGCCCGCGCUCAGACCCGCGGCGAGCUGAGGAGACAGCGGAGCAGCGGGCGGAGAUGUUCUAGAUGCAAGAGAAACUGGAGUGAUCUGGUCAUUUACCAAAACUCUCUGAAGCAAACCCUUGUGACAUCUCCAGACACUUUUCCCACCCCAAGCGGAAAGGUUAGUCUGAGAGUAUGGGAGUGCAAACAGGUUAGCAAAGAAGCCUCGAAGAAGGGGCUGGAGGAUUUGGCUGCUCUUUGCGCCCUCCUGGCAGCCCAGGGCCUUCCUGCUGGGUGUGCCCUGCACUAUGGACUCCCCGGGGUACAACUGCUUUGUGGACAAAGACAAAAUGGAUGCUGCCAUCCAGGACCUGGGGCCCAAGGAGCUGAGCUGCACCGAGCUGCAGGAGCUGAAGCAGCUGGCACGCCAGGGCUACUGGGCCCGCAGCUAUGCCCUGAGGGGAAAGGUGUACCAGCGCCUGAUCCGGGACAUCCCCUGCCGCACGGUGACGCCCGAUGCCAGCGUGUACAGCGACAUCGUGAGCAAGAUUGUGGGCAAGCACAGCAGCAGCAGCCUGCCCUUGCCUGAAUUUGUGGACAAUACGCAGGUGCCCAGUUACUGCCUGAACACACGAGGCGAGAGCGCUGUGCGUAAGAUCCUGCUGUGCAUUGCCAACCAGUUCCCUGACAUUUCCUUCUGCCCCGCCCUGCCCUCCGUUGUGGCCCUGCUGCUCCACUACAGCAUUGAUGAGGCCGAGUGCUUUGAGAAGGCCUGCCGCAUCUUGGCCUGCAACGACCCCAGCAAGAAGCUGAUCGACCAGAGCUUCCUGGCCUUUGAGUCUUCCUGCAUGACGUUUGGGGACCUGGUGAACAAGUACUGCCAGGCGGCCCACAAGCUGAUGGUGGCUGUGUCAGAGGAUGUCCUGCAGGUCUAUGCAGACUGGCAGCGCUGGCUGUUCGGGGAGCUGCCCCUCAACUACUUUGCUCGUGUCUUUGAUGUCUUCCUGGUGGAAGGUUACAAGGUGUUGUACCGAGUCGCACUGGCAAUCCUCAAGUUCUUCCACAAGGUGAGAGCUGGGCAGCCGCUCGAGUCAGACAACGUGAAGCAGGAUAUUCGCACCUUUGUCAAAGACAUCGCCAAGACCGUGUCUCCCGAGAAGCUGCUGGAGAAAGCAUUUGCCAUCCGUCUCUUCUCUCGGAAGGAGAUUCAGCUCCUGCAGAUGGCCAAUGAGAAAGCUCUGAAGCAGAAGGGUAUUACCGUCAAGCAGAAGAGUGUUUCACUUUCUAAAAGGCAGUUUGUGCACCUGGCUGUCCACGCAGAGAACUUCCACUCGGAGAUCGUCAGUGUGAAGGAGAUGAGAGACAUCUGGUCCUGGGUCCCUGAGCGGUUUGCCCUCUGCCAGCCCCUCCUGCUCUUCUCCUCACUGCAGCACGGGUACAGCCUGACCAGGUUCUAUUUCCAGUGUGAAGGACAUGAGCCCACCCUCCUGCUCAUCAAGACCACGCAAAAGGAGGUGUGUGGAGCUUACCUGUCAACAGACUGGAGUGAGAGAAAUAAGUUUGGAGGCAAACUGGGCUUCUUUGGGACUGGAGAGUGCUUUGUGUUUAGGCUACAGCCCGAGGUCCAGCGCUACGAGUGGGUGGUCAUCAAACACCCAGAGCUGACCAAGCCAGUGUCCUUGGAGACCACCACCGCCGCAUCCCCACACUGCCACUCCAUGUCUUCAGACCCCGCUGACCGCCUCUCACCGUUCCUGGCUGCUCGGCACUUCAACUUACCAUCCAAAACCGAGUCCAUGUUCAUGGCCGGGGGCAAUGACUGCCUCAUCGUAGGCGGAGGGGGUGGCCAGGCGCUCUACAUCGACGGGGACCUGAACCGGGGCCGCACGGGCCACUGUGACACUUUCAACAACCAGCCCCUCUGCUCUGAGAACUUCCUCAUCGCUGCCGUGGAGGCCUGGGCCUUCCAAGACCCUGACACCCAGUAACAGGGCUGCGCCCAUGGUGAUCCAGCUGCCACUGUCAGCGCCUGAAGCUUCUGCUGGACCUCGUUGUGUGCUCACACCUGAAGAGGCUGCCCAGGGCAGCCCUGGGAGGGACCCUCUGCGACCAACCCCAAACCAGCCAGCUCCAUUUUCAGGAGCCUGCCCAGAGAAGCCUGGACCCAUGGAGCCUUCUUCAGCCCUCCUCCUUGCCAGCCUGGGGCCUCCUUAGCUCCCCUGCAGUCUCCCAAGCUGCCCCAUUUCACCUGCGUGUCACUGCAGUCACCUGGCCCCUGAGUUUCUGUCCAGACUCCUCAGCAUGGCGUGCUCGUUGCAUCCAGCCCUGCUCACCUCCCCUGUUGGGCCCCACACACCCAGGUGCCAGGCUGCACCCUCCCCAGCUCCCUGCCCAGGUGGUACCUUCACCACGCACCCCUCUGCAUGGCAUGUGUCCUCCCUCUGCGUCCCUCUCACAGCACCGUGAUUGGCCAUAUAGCAUGGAUUUCUUGUGCCACUACCUCUCCCCUUCCUCCCUGCCUUGCCUGGCCUGUGAACACUGCAGGGAGUGGCCUUCCUGCCCUGUGACCUCCCUCAGCUGGUCCUGAGGGCCUGGCCGCCCCGGAGGGAAGAAGGGAAAAGCAGACAGACACCCUAGCAGUCAUGCUGGGGCCACGGUGUCCCCAACCCAAUUGGCACGUGGCUCCUGCCAGCCCCCUCGUGUCCCCACACACUCACCCCUGCCCAUCUGCACACUUUGCUUGCUCCUCCCAUGGGGCAUUCGUCCUCCCCUGCCCACCUACUCAGACCUCCUCUGAGCCAGGCCACGGUGCUACAGAAGGAAGGACCAGGAACCUUGUGUGGCUUUGGGCAAGCCAAUGAACCUGUCUCGAACUCAGUUUCCCCAACUGUAAAAUGGAGCCAGUCAUCCCGUUCUGCUGUUCCCACCCCUAUGGGACUAUCAAGAGACUCUGAGGGGGACAGAGUGAGUCCCUACCGAGGGGAGAGGUGCUGGGAGGCAGUGUUCGGCUCACCACCCCCAGGCCACUGCAGCCCUCGUUGCUCCCCCUUCCUCUCUGCCUCCACAGACCUCGCCUGUACUUUGGUGUUCAUUAAACACAGUCUCAUUCCAUGAA